AUGCAAGACUUCAAAGAACGCCAGCUCGUUACCGACCCCCAAAAGGCAUUUCACUUCACCGAUCUCCAAAGACUGAAGCCAACGCGUGCAAACGAUCCUUACGACUACCAAGCAGGAUGGGGAAACCGACAUCAGUCUGAGGUCAUUCCUGGCACUCUACCUGUCGCUCAGAACAACCCCCAAGAAGUCCGGUUUGGACUUUACACUGAAGGCAUUACGUAUUCAGCGUUCGCAGCUCCACGUGCACACAACUUCAGCACUUAUAUGUACCGGUGUCGACCAGCGGCUGCUCACAAGGGUUACGUUCCUAUCGAGACAAAGUCCAACAUCACAAACUGCUUCUUGUCCAUCAAUCCCAAGGUCGACACGCUUCCCGAGCAAGCAGAAUGGCGUCCGUUCCCACUGCCAAAAGACGACGAGAAGAUUGACUUCGCGGAUGGCCUGCAUACUCUCUGCGGUAGCGGAGACCCAAACAUCAAGGAGGGUCUUGCGCUAUACGUGUAUAUGAUUAACUCUAGUAUGGAGCAGCGAGCGUUCUGCAAUACCGACGGUGACUUCCUCAUCUGUGCCCAACAGGGUAAUCUAGAUAUCAAGACAGAGAUGGGCAAGAUUUUCCUACAGCCCGGUGAAAUCUGUGUCAUCCAGCGCGGCAUCCGCUUCUGCCUCAAUCUAGCACCGGGUACGCCAGUGGCGCGUGGCUACAUCACAGAAGUAUGGGGCUCUAUGUGGGAGCUUCCUGAUCUCGGCCCACUAGGCGGCCACGGUCUUGCCAAUCCUCGCGAUUUCCUCUACCCGGUAGCUGCUAUCGAUGAUGAUCUGCACGUCGAUUGGCAGAUUGUCAACAAGACGAACGGUCAGCUCGUCGCGAUCCAACAAGACCACAGCCCCUUCGACCUUGUCGCAUGGCACGGCAAUGUCGUACCGUACAAAUACGAUCUGACGAAGUUCUCGUCACAGAACAGCACAUCUAUCGACCACACUGAUCCUUCGAUCUUCACAGUGCUCACAGCUAAAUCCCGCGAUCCCAUGACACCACUCGCAGACUUCCUCUGGUUCGGCCCAAGAUGGGAUGUUGCGACCAACACUUUCAGGUUACCAUACUUCCACCGCAAUUCCGCGUCAGAAUUCCUUGCCUGUUUGUACGGACAAGGUCUUGGACGAAGCGACGACUUCCAGCCCGGCGGUGGUAGUUUCGAGGGUGGCCACACGCCUCACGGUGGAUUCCAUGAGGGAUACCAGCACGGCAUGCGGAUACACGAGAGCCAGCCCGAGAAGAUACUGACUGAACAAUUGACCAUCAUGGUCGAAUCAAGCCGUCUAUUCCUCUUUACUGAGUACGCUCGUAAAGGCUGCGGAACAAUCGAGACCCACGGUACCGAUUACAAGGUCUGGGAUGCUCUUCCCGACCGUUUCUCCGCCAACAAGAGAGCCCAGGAGUUGCUUGCCCGGAUCAAAGACGACAAGAUCGCUGAGAAGAAGAGGCUUGCACCAUACUACUUUGGUGGCUUUUCACAUGGCGCAAACACCAGCGAUACAGAUGGUGUUCACGCGGAGGAGCUCAAGCAAUAUCUGAGCCCCGAAUCAAAGACCAACGGGACGAACGGCGUCCACGCAUGA